CUGUUCCAAUGGGAAGAAACAAAACCCAAAAACAAAAAGCAAGAUGCCAAAUGGACAAAUCGUGAGUUUUCUUCUUUUCUUUUGAAUCUCCAAACUUGCCUACUUUUUGUAGCUACUCUUGCUCGAUCAUAUGGGUGAUGAACUCAGACCUCUACCAAAGAUGGCUUCCCAUUCCCCUUCUUGUCAAUACAGAAAUAAAAUAUCUAUCCCCUACCCUCUUUAAACCUUUUUCAGAUAUAAUAAAUCCUUUCGGUAUCUCAAAAAUCUUCUGGAACAGAAGGAAAACCCCACAAUUUACCAUUCCAUUCUUUCUUCUUGUGGUAUAAGAACAACUUUCAUGAUCUGGGUCUGGGAGAAAAUGUCCUAAAUUUUACUGCUUUUUUCUUUCGGAGUUUUGUUGAACCCAGGAGGAAAGAGUAAAACAAAGAGAAAGAAAUGGGUGUAGAUUACUACAGCAUAUUGAAGGUGAACAAGUGUGCAUCAGAGGAUGAUAUGAAGAGAUCAUACAGAAGAUUGGCUAUGAAAUGGCACCCUGACAAGAACCCCAACAACAAGAAGGAAGCUGAAGCUAAAUUCAAGCAGAUCUCUGAAGCUUAUGAUGUGCUAAGCGACUCACAAAAGAGGGCAAUAUAUGACCAAUAUGGAGAAGAAGGGCUGAAUGAAAUCCCACCAUCUGGAUUCGGAAAUGGUCCAAAUGGAGCAAAUGGAUUCAAUUCCAGGAAUGCUGAAGACAUAUUUGCAGAGUUCUUCGGGAGCAGCCCGUUCGGGUUUGGUGGGGGACCAACAGGAGGUGUUGGUAGAUCAUCGUCCAGAUUCCAAUCAGAAAGUGUUGCAACCGCGACAAAUGGGAUGUUUGACGGCAGUAACAUGUUCAGAAGCGAAGGAACAACAACCACCACAGCUUCUAGAAAGCCUCCCCCUGUGGAGAGCAAAUUGUCAUGCAGUCUAGAGGAGCUCUACUCUGGCUCCACCAGGAAAAUGAAGAUCUCCAGAACUGUAGUUGACUCCCAUGGGAGGCAAGCGCAAGAAACUGAGAUACUUACGAUAGAUGUGAAACCAGGAUGGAAGAAGGGAACAAAGAUAACAUUCCCAGACAAAGGGAAUGAGCAGCCCAACCAGCAGCCGGCAGAUUUGAUUUUCAUGAUUGACGAGAAACCUCACAAUGUUUACAAGAGGGAUGGGAAUGACCUAAUGAUCCACCAUCGGGUCACCCUGGCAGAGGCGUUAGGUGGGACCACAGCAAGCAUCGACACGUUGGAUGGUCGGACCCUGACUGUUCCAGUGACUGACAUUGUGAGUCCAGGAUGCGAGCUCGUCGUGGCGAGAGAAGGGAUGCCGAUAGCUAAAGAGCCCGGGAAUAGGGGAGAUUUGAUAAUCAAGUUCGAGGUCAAGUUUCCGACGAAGUUGACUAAGGAACAAAGGGCAGGGCUAAAGUGUCUUUUAGGGGGUUGAAGCAAAGACAAAUUGGGAGACUUGUGAAAAUGUUAUGAUGUAUAGUCAAUGCAAGGUUGUAAUUAACACACAGGAAAAGGGGCCAAAAGCUUGGUUCAUACAUCACCUCUCGUAGUUGUGAGAUUAAACGUUUUUUCAUAUCCGAUUUUAAUCUCAUCUCCCUGUACUUCUGAUUCUAAUUUCCUUCCAUUACACACUUCAUAGGGCCAGUUACUAAAGUCAUUUGUUUUCA